UUAGCUGGGAUUCAGUUAUUCAUUUAUUCACAGGUCCACACACGAGCAUCCCUUAAUCUUGUACAGAACAAAAUACAAAGUACAUCAAAGUUAACUUCUCAGAUAAGUAAAAGAAAAGUCGGUUUUAUUGACACACCUGACUGCAAUCCUCUGAAGCCUUGACAUAAGACAACGCUUUACCCAGCAGUCAGAGCGCCAGUCACAUUUAUGUCCGAAACUGUCAAUGAAUUGAUCAUAUACGCUAUAUUUUGGCUAGAACACAUUGCAUGUAUGAUUAGCCCCCCCAAAAGUAGCGAAACAGCAAAAACUUAAAAAUGUUUAACCUUAUUCACUAAAAAAUUAGAACAUACCGCUCAAGCUUUGGAAUUACAUUCUCCAAAUUGUAAACAAGAAAUUCCACAGAUAAUGCAUAUAUAUUGUGUAUAACCUUAUUUUAACAACAACAACAACAAUAAUAAUAAUAAUAAUAAUAAUAAUAAUAAUAAUAAUAACUUUAUCUGAAUAGCAUUUUUAAAAAACAGAAGUUUACAAAGUGCUUUGAUAUGAUGUCAUAGAGCACAUGAAAAAAGACAGAUAAAAACAAAAACCUCAGUAAAAACGGAAUUGAAGGCCAUUUCCAUGGCGCUCAGACAAUACCAGAAUCAUGCAACAUAAAAUAAGACCAUGAGGACCAAAAUAAAAAGAUAAAAUAGUUAAGAAAAUAGGAAAAUGCAAUUAAAAGGGAGGACAAAAGCUGAAACAGGAUAGUAAAUAUAAAAGGAAAUAUCAACAAUGAUAAUAAAAUAAUAACAGGUAAUCCUGAUCAUAAUAGCAAUGAUAAAAUAGAGGAACAAAAAUGAGUAACAGAUAAAACAAUAAAAGGCCUAGAAGGUUAAUUAAGAAAAGAGUUCAAGUAAAACAAAAGCUAAAAAGACAGUAAAGCUGAAAUAAGAUAAGAGAUGACAGAUAAAAGAUAAAAGAUAGUAUCACAUAAAAGCAAGUCUGUAAAAGUAAGUUUUUAAAUUUGACUUAAAAUUUUACUGCUGGCUAUUCCUUUUUACAACUUUUUGGCAGCACAUGAAGGCAGCACGACAGAUUAAUCUUUGCCAGCAGAUGGCUCUAUCUAAGGCCUCAAAGUAGAAGCUUGAGCAAAUUGUUUUUAUUUGUCAUUAUUAUUGUUAUUGUUGUUACCAUCAAAUAUAGAUCACAUUAUAUAUAUAUUAUUAUUUUACAUAUAUUGACAAUCUUAAAUGUACAUUUCCUGACUAAACUGAGCUCCUAGGAGACUAUCUGUAAGCACACAGACAUGUCACGUAGUGAAAGUCCUUAAAAGUUGAUAAUGUCAACGUUAACUCGUUAUAUGGCCCCCCUCCCCUGGGGGACACUACAGGAAUGUCACAGCCUAAAGCUUGUUAUUCAUGCAGGCUAUUGAACAAACGUCACAUGCGUAGCCUAAAUGUCAGCCGUGGAAAACUACCACUGGGGAGGAAAUAAAAACAAGAACAAACUGAGCUUUCCACGCACACUUCUGCCCUUUUUACCGUCCAGGGAUGCAGGAAUGUGAAGGAUGCUGAGUGUCCACCUGAUACACUGCUCUGCGCCCGGGGGAGGGUCUCCACUCUCCACUCCGGCUGCCAUAACAGGAUUCGCUCAGCUCGUGCAUGCAGGGAAGGGGAAGGCGGGCAUCCUCAGAGAGAUCUGUCAGGAACAUGACCAUCAGGGGAACCUAAACGCAUUAUUCGGCUCCGGUCAGAUGAAUCGACAGCUUCUUGUGUUUUGUGUUAUCCUCUAAAGGAGAAGAGGGGGGACAUCGGUUUGUGUGCGGAGAAGACAGGGGAUCGACAUCAUCAGGCGCUGCGCCGUGUGAGGCGAGGUCACCGCAAAGUACCACGGUAAGAUGCAGGGAAAACAACAACGCUGAAAUCAAGCCGGGCUACUUACGCUAUCCAUCCUUUUUGCGCGUAAACAGCGACUGUUCACUGCCCAUUAUUUCACCCCCUUUUAUUCUUCAACCCUCCCCGACAAUGUGUAUCUCUGAUGCGUAAUACUCCCUUUAAUUCCCUUGUAAUUAGACCUAUUGCGUUUCGCGUAAUGGACAUGUACGCUACGAUAGAUCUCCAGGGAGGGGGAAGGAAUGCGAAGAUGCGUCUACUCUGUCAAUACAGCCAUUCCUGAGCACAGAGCAACAUGGACCACAUACAGUAAAUAUGGGUUAGUGGAGCAAAUCUAUACGCCCUGCGACCACUAGGAUGCUCCAUGUGAUUGCUCCAGCUUCACUAAUAACCCCUUUUUACAUCGACUCAGAUACAAUCCAGACUAAAAUCAGAUAUAAUGGGGAAGGGGUGCAUAUUGGGUAUGCAGCAUCCUCACUGGUCUAGACUGAAAUCGCGAGGGGGCGAGUACACGUAGUGAUCAUGUAGUAGACAGGCCUGUGGGCUGCAUGCUAAACAGUGGAUGUUGCACGAGGUUGCAGCGAUAUAAGGGCUGUUUCCCACGAUGAUUAAAACGUGACAGACAUUUUUUAUCAUCAGGAUAUGUAGGAAUAAGAUGUUGGUCUUCGUGUGUAAAAGGAAACCCCAGAGUAGACAUCCAUAACCACACCUGUCUCAUUGUCAGUGUGGUGUUGAGUGAAAAUGUAAAGCACUUUCAUCUUGAUGGCCACAGCUGAUUAAAACAGACUGAUAAUGAGAUGCACAUUUGCUAACUCGGUGUCAUCAUUGCCUCAGAAUGGGAAACCGGUGGAAAAAGCCAUGUGUUCAUACAUGAAUUAUAAAUGUCCAUAACCUCAUUCACAACAACGCUACCUUCAGCUCUACCCCUGAUUAAAUGGCCCAGUAAAAUCAUCUGUUAAUUAUAGAAUUACCUCAGACCACCAUCUGUGGACUAAAUAUUGGACUACAUAACCCACAUCUAUUUCUCCAGAGGGAUAGAUGAGCUAUAGUUAGGCAAAGACAAGUGCAAAAUCUAAUUUCCUGAUGAUGACUCCAGGUAAGGAAGACACUGGCCUGUUUCACACUGUUGUAGCCAAGUAGCUGUAGAUGCAGCCCUGUGUAAACUCUGGCAUAUGAAUGCAGGACAUUGAUAUGACAACAGCUUGGGUAGAAAACCAUGAGUCACUGUUGAGUCAACACGAUCCACUUCCCUUGGUUACAAUGAUAUCCAUCUGCUCGGGGGAUAAUUCAGAAGUUGCCAUGGAUAUUCUGUCAAAUAACAGCCAUAAAGCUUAAUCCAGUGCUCCCCUGGUCUCAUUAGGUUUCAGAUCUGUUUGUGUUACUCCAAUUGAGACAUAUGAUAUCUUAAUUUAAGGCAGCCAUUCAUAAAAGAGCAGAGAAAUGAUCUCCACUCCAGAGUCAGUUUUCUGACACCUCUAUGAAGACACAGCCAGUUUGAGUGAACUGUAAAGUGUUUUUAUCAAUAUUUUCUCCUCUAAUAAGCUGUUUUGGAGAGUUUUCACUGCAUACUAAAAUAUUCAACCUAGAGAUGGUUUGUUUUGGAAACCAAGGCUUCUACCUUCACUGGCUUCUAAUUGAACAUUUUAUCAUCUUGAUCCCACAAUUACACGGUGCCUGAAAUAUUCAAUGACGUGUGCGAUAAUCAGAGGUUAAUUUAGCCGUACACAUUUUUCAGUAGAUACCUGUCAUGAUUUACUGAUCUAACUUGUGUCUAACUUUUGUUCGACUGCUGCCUCUUUGAGAGUUGUCAGUUGCGAUCGCUUCUUAAUUGCACUGCACUGUGACUGCAGACUGCAGCGUUGAUUAUGACAGAGUGCGUAGGAUGGAAAUUACUGUAUUCAUCAUACCUCUGGAGGUAGGCCAGCAAAUUUCUGCUCUGUAUUAAUCUUCAGAUAUGGUCUAGUUGUAGGAUCAUGGUCUUGUUUAAAUAGAUACUCUAACAAAUUGAACCCCUGACUCGUGCUGUGCUCUCUUUUCUAAAAUCAGAUUUCAUAAAUAAACUUUUUUGAAGCUGAGCUGCUUGCCACGCUCUCUUGCUAGGUCAGUGUUUCAUAAGUAAACCAUGACUUGCGCUGUAACUUGCUCUGAGGAGAGGAAGUGCUCGAGUUCUCUGAUGGUGAGGGAAGAUACAGGCUUUUCAUUUUAAUGAGAGCUGCUUCAGUAAACACCAACAUCGGAGGAGACAGAAAGCAGCAAACAAACAGGUUUGACUAAAGCAACAACACAAUUUAAUUUGUCUGACAAACAAAGUGUUUAAAGAUGAUCUUAAAGUGCUUUUUUUCGUUUCUUUUCGUACUUACAAGACACUGGAGUGUUAAAAAAGUGUUAAAAAAAUUUCAGUAUCAUCAUUAUUUAUUUGCUUUACACUACCAGCUAUUAGUGGAGAAAUAUGAUUGUUUGAAAAUGACAUGAUUGAAAAUGCUUCCAGGUAACAUAGUCCGUUAUCAUCAACAAUAGUUUAACAAUAGCAAUUUCUACUAAGGAUAAAAUUAAAUGACUUAAGUGAAGAAUAAAAAUAUAAACUAGAAGUGAAGAAGCUUUCUUUCAGCACUAGAAAGUUAUGGUGACUAGACGGAUGUACAUGCUCAUAAAGAUCCCUGUGUUUCAUGUGGUUUCAGAAGUAUGCCUGAUUCUUAUGUAGGACCAACAAGUUAUGAAUAUUUAUAAGGAGAUAAGAUAGAUACGGUGAUCAGUAUCAUCUUAUAGACACAAUUCAAGAUGAAAAAUAAGAGACUUAGAGGUCCAAAUAUAAGAGACAGCAAACACAACUAAUUUCAGACGACUUAUCUUGUGUCCAAGAGUUAAUAACAGGAAAAAUAUCACCUUUAUUAGCCUUCGGUGUCUACAUAGAUUCAUCCAUUUAAAUCACAGUUUGAUGUGAUGAUUAGAUAAUCUAUUUCUUGAGCAAAAAGCUCGCUCUAGCUGCGUCUCUUACUGAGCUGGACAAUUCCACAGAUGGUGAGGUAAAACAAGGUGAACUGGACUGCAUGAAUGACUUGGCACCACUUCUGAUUGAGUUUCUCUCCCCCAUCACUAGUUUUUUCCCGUUUACCUGUCCUUAAACGCCUCUGUAUCCCAUACUGGGUUCCUGCAAAUGUUUACUUCAUGCACCGGUUUCGGUUUUGUUGAUCUCCACGUCAUAUCCUGCGCGUUUUUCUUAAACCUCUCCUGCCUUUUAUUUGCUGCUUUUGUCUCUUAGUUUUCCUACAGUAAAUAAACUGAAGUCAAUGUAGCUGGACUUCACUCAGCUGGAGUUUGUGAUCAGCAAGUCAAGAAAUAACAGAUAGUUAAUAUGAUGUAAUGACCACUUAGAUUUUAAUACAGGUAUGUCAUAAUGAAUAUUUAAAUGUCUAAGGACUUCCUCAGGACUGGUUCCUUGGUUCUGUCCCUACAGUUUUAACCCACUUUUACUGGACUCUAGUGAAAUAAACAAACUCUUCCCCUUGGUUGAGCUGCAGUAGAACAAGUGCUGAAGCAGUAAUUGCAGAGAUGAUUAUCUCUUGUCCCCGGUUUCACCUUUACUAUGCCCCAGAAGUGUCAUUUUCAGAGUCCUCAAACUUGAGGCUGGAGAUUACUCCGCUCAUCUUCUGAUAUGAGGGCGUUAAAAUAAUAUUCCUCGGCUAUUUCCCUCGGCGAUGGCCUCUUAUUUCAUGGCAUGAAGGCUCUGACACGCUCAGUAGAGCGGUCAGUCUGGGUUCAGGACUCUUGUGAGUACGAAGUUUGCCUAUAUGAAGACUUCCUUUUACUUUAUUCAACAAAAGAUUGAAGAACUGUUUCAUCUUUUUUAGAGAGGAAAGUCUUUAUCUUCUACUUUCAAAAGCAGCAUUUUGUCUCGUCUUUUUGUCAAGUCAGAAACCCUGCAGAUCAAACAGAAUCAAAACAAACGGAUUCUGGGCAUAAAUCGGGUUUUUCAACCUGGCUUACAUAAUGCAGCCUCAGUGCGCUCUUCAGAUAAAGUAUUGUGAAUGGAGGUUCCACUGCACGCAUCUGUGUUAGUAGUUCAAUCCAUUACACAUGAAACAGCAGAUUUGUCAUCUCAGGAAACCCUGUCCUACUCUGGGAUAGAAGGCAUUAAUAUUGAAUAAACACAUCAGGAAGAGAGAAUAUGAAUAACAGGUUUUAGCUUCAUUUGAGUCAUGAGUAACGUAGGAAGUCUGAACAGGACUGAUUUAGGCAAAGAUUCCAAAUAUUAAUAAGUUUUAUCAAAGUAUAACAACUUAAUCUUAAAACAGUGUUUAGCUACAUUAAUCAGUGUUGUCUGUUGUGCUAUAAAUUAAUGAUUGAAGCACAGAAAGCCGGGUGAUGACUGCACUCCUAUGAAACUUUAAUAGCCUGCAUGUUUCUCCUCUUAGUCAAUGGACAGAGUGGCAUAGAAAGGAAGCGCUUGUGCUUGCAGUGUUCGUGCAUCAUGAGUGUGUCUCUUUAUUCUUUGGACAGAGAAGACAGUCAUAGAUUGUGUGUGAAAGAGAUGAAGACAGUUUUGUAAAAGUUUCCCAAACCACUUUUAAGGCAGUUGUGAAAAUGAAUGGUUGUGUAUAGAUGUUUUAUACCGAUUAUCAUCUACUUGAGGCUACAUCACAGCUGCAGAGAGCUUAUCCUCCCUCUCUGGAGUGUGUUUUAACUUUAGUGUUGCAUGUGACCCUCAUGAUCUAUUAUUAACGUCUUUGAAUCUCUGCUUUAAAAUGAACUUUUCUUGAAUCUACUGAGUAACUUUCUACUAAGUUGAGCUGACGUGCUCAGACUCUGAGAAAAAAGGGCUCUUCUGGUGAUUCAUCUUUGAUUGACAGAUCCGGUAAUAAGAUUAGUAGUUGCCAGCUGGGGGUCAAGGGUCAUGUGAACUAUGUUGUGAUUUUUUGUAUCACUAUAGAUUAUUUUAAUUGACCUUUUUGUGUCAUCUGUGUGUUUACUUUAUAGUUCCUUAUAUAGAGAGAAACACAACAAAGUGGAGCUUUUUACUUGACAGCGUUUCAUGUUGGAGAAGCGUCACUAUAAGGAACACCUCAUAAAUCUACAACUGAGCAUUACACAGCCAGCCUAACCAGCUGUAUAUUGUUUUUGUGGUUCAGGGUGAGCCCAGCCUGAGAAAAUUACAGAAAUUACAUCACUUGAGUCAUCUUUGCUUGGGUGUGGAGUUUUAAAUACACGGCUGUUAUCCUGCCAGGGACUUUCUAUAAAAGGGUUACAUUACAGUAGGUGUGGGAUUUUGUAGACCAAGAGUUUAUUCCAGAGACUAGAAAUCUGGAUGACACCCCUUUAAACAUUAAAUCCUGAAAGAUUUGAGUGAUUUAAAGACAUACAGGCCUUUGAAUUUGUAGGAUCUUGCUAUUCUCAUAUGCGCAGUGACAGAUCUUCUCUGAUUGAGUCUCUCGAGCAACUUCAUGUACUCUGUUUGGUUUAAGUGAGGGGGCGGUGCAGGCCGGAGGAAGAGGAGAAAUCUUUGGCAUUGAAAUCUGUAUCACAUCAUCAUAUACAGGCUGAGGAUGUUUCUUCAGCGGCGGAAAAUGUAAUACAGACAGAAUAUAAAGCAGAGAAACUUAAUGUGCCUGAUGUCAUCAGUCCACCCACUCCCUGCAGUGAAUUUUGCUGACUAUUGCUCAGAGCAUUUACACACCAUAUCAGCCCGACUCCGAGUAGACUUAUCACUAAGAGGUUGGCAGAGAAAAGUUCAUGUGAAAUCAUGUUUAAUGUAGCCGUUUGCGUUCACACAUGCAAAAAUAUAUAUAUAUAUUCAGGGGUUUUGUAAACGUGUGAAAGGGACAUGUGUCGGCUGGUGCUGCACUGAUUUGUGCAUUAGUCCAAUGAUGUUGAAAAUUUAUGAUCCGGUGUAAAUGGCAUGUGAUGUAAACUGUUAGCCAUAAAUCUUUGGCUAAAUAUGAUUGGCUCGGAUUGAUCCCACCACGUUGAAUAUGAUUAAAACCUUUUGCCAAACACAAUAAAGACAUCGUACAAGCAUUUCAACUAAUAGUGUUUUCUGGAGGACGGUUGCAGUUUUCCUUUCUCUGCCUGAGUUCACUUUUUCACCCUUACAGCCCCUUCACAGUAAGAUCUGUGUUUGUGACACUCUGGGAAAUGACUGAAUAACUCAACUGAGACUCAGAAAUUAUUAUUUGUGCUUUGAUAUAUGUCAGAAAACCACUGUACUCUAAUGAAAGCCAAGAGUGUGGUCAAUAUCUUGGAGAUGAUUUAAACUCAUAGCAGAUGAAAACACUAAUAGGAGUGUACAAAUCAAGCCUUUGAAAGGAAAUGAACCAGUUUACAAGUCUAGUUUUUCUGCUGGAUCCAUAAUUGACUGUUUUACUGUGGAAGCUGAAACUGAAUCCAUCUAAAUAAUAAUGAUUUGCCGUCAUGUCUAUUCCAGAAAAACUCACUCCUCUUUUUCACGACAGAAAAGUACUUUUCCUCACGAGUCCUAUUUCGGAAGUGCAGCACUAAGCCACAUCUUAAAGCUGCGUUUCUUAAGAGUCCUUUAACCAGGUUUACACUUCUGGGGGUUUAAGGGGGUGCUUUUAAUGGCAAACAUGUUUAUGUUCAGAUGCCAAAGACUUUGCAUCAUUAGGAAAAGUUGAGCAGAACUGGUGGUUCAGCACUGCAGGGAAGGAGAGGUGUUUUCCAUACCUUGUUCAUUCAUUCUCCUUCGACUGAGUACUCUAGUCCAGAUGGGUUAAAGUAAAUGACUCACCUCCUCUUCUCUGCUUUCUGCUCAGCUGCGUCACAUCAGCCAAAUGUUAACAAUAUGGCUUUGUGUGUCAUACCUGUGGGCAGAGGGACUCUGGGAGAGUAGGAGUAGAGAGGGCAAUAGAGACGUGCCUUCAUCCUUCGACUCAGACAAGGUGAUAGAAUAACAUCGGAGUAAAGUCUUUGUGAAUAGAGUGGAGCUCAUUCUUAGACAGCUAUGUUCACACAUUUAUUCAGGGUGGCAUUUAAUUAAUCUGCUGUUUGUGUAUACCAGUCUUCUGUUUACUGCCAUUCGAUUUAGAGGUGAUUAUUAUGUUAUCAGAUUGUUGGAAACAAAUGUGUGCAAACAUCUCGUGCAAAAACCGGUUUCUAAAAGCUAAUAUAUGGACAAUUAGUUUUGCAUGGUUGAAGACGAAUAGCUUGUUAAUUUUAUUUGUUUUGCAAGAGUGGAUUCUGUAAGUUGAUAGAGAGGAGGGUCUUUGUAGAGGGGAGCUUUAAAGAGUACACAAACAUGUGGCAUGUACAGAUCAGGUUUUUCCACAUCAACACACUCUUACCCAGUUAAUUAAACGCAGCGCACAGCCACUCACUCAGACAUAUUGUGCACAGAUGCAGACUCCCACUCACUCCUUCUCUCCUUUGUGUAUUCAUGCAUUUUAAAGAUCUUUUUUUAGUCAGCCUCAGCAUUGAAUCACAGAAAAUCUCUCUCUUUCGCUGUUGAAACAUAUAAAAUGUUCAACUGUGUUUCUUUUCUUCAUUUCUAACUAGCUCUGUAUUUCACAGGUUUCCUUCAUCCCCUGUCCCUUGAUUCCACGACCUCAGGCAUCAGCAACCUUGGUCGACUCUCCAAACAGCGCGGUUGUCGAUACCUUAGAGAGAAUGUAACCAGGAGAUAUCCUGAGGGUCAAUCAGACCAAGAGAGGAACUGGGACCACACGGCUGAUAUGGACCGAGGGGUCAACUGAUAGCAGAUCACGCUGGCCUUGUUUGGAAGUGUAAGUCCUUUAACCUCCCCUCUGACCACAAACUCAGUCAACUUUCCUUUCAGGGAAACUCAAUCUCUUAAAGGGAAAUGAUCCGAUAUUUACAGUAUCUCCUUGAGGCUGAGUGAGUUCAGACUUAUUCUUCUGGAUUGAUUCUAUAACUCUGCAGAGGACACAGAUAGAUGUAAAGGAAUUAGAAGAUGAGACGAAGAUACAACACCAUGCCCAGUGACAUGUAACACGUGUAUUUGACAAGAAUUGUUGAAAAAUGAUUUACGAGAGGUGUAUUUUGAAAAGCAGCCUCGUUGAAAAGCCUCAAUCUUAUCUGAAAUGCGACAAACUCCAUUUGAAGAAAUACCAGGGACUUAGCAGUCUGCACAGCUUCAUCUUUUUUACUGCCUCUGUGUACUGAGGAUGUCUACCAUUAUGGCUGUUAUCUGUGAACCCAGAAUCUAGACAUCUAUCUGCUGCAGCUCCUCUCCUCUCCUCCCCUCGCUCAUCCCCCCUUCCUCCCUCUCUGCCGCCACAUUUUUACUGAUAUGUGUUUGUGCUGUCGUUCCAUCCUUUUCCCUGGCACUUGAGAAGUGGAAGUGGUGGCUGUUUCUGGUUUUCUGGUUUCUUUUUUUUUGUGCGCUGCCUUUGUUCCUCCUUUCCCUGGACACACAAAGAAGAGGUUUCUUUAUCUUUUUUUGUCUACACCACAUGCCAUCCGCAAUCUGCCAAGCGCAGAACGAGGAUCUGUCUUUGAGGCUGUAUUGAUCUGUGAAGAAACUGAGACAUGAUUGGAUACAGCUAUCUAUUUGAUAUAUGUUGUUGUAUGAGAAACCCCCUAUAACCAGAACAUUCUUUACCUUUGUUAUAAAUCCAAUUAUUAGCCUACAGGACAAAAGCCAUCCAUUUCAGUCUGUGUUCUCCGUGUCUGUCUCAUGUUUGGAAAUUAGCAGUCGUGCGCUCUGGCAGUACAGCUUCCAUUGUUACAGUCAAGAAUCGUAGUUCAGCGAGCUUUAUGGAGGAAAUUUAUGUGAAUGUCUUCUACACAGUGUCACUGAUGGAGCCUACUGAAUAAUGUAUACCAUGUAUUUUUCAUAUGAAUGGCGAUUUCAAUUGCUCUUAGCCUAGAGAAGGGUUAAGCAAGGCCCCAGUUUUGGCCUAAACUAUCUUUUAUGUCCCUGAACCUGUUGUGGCAAACAACAACAAAUCACCCCCGUAUACUAUUUCACAUAAUAAUGAGUAGUACUACCAGUACAAGAGUAAUAAGUCUAAAGGUCUUCCACUAUGUACUAUCAUGGAAAUAUGAAUAGAGACAAGGUUCUAUAAAGUAUCUAUUAACACAUAUUCAAAUCUUAAAAUCAACAAUCUAUAUGCUUAUUGAUUCUGCUGUCAAGUCUUGUGACUCAAAUCACAGAAUUUGAAUCAAGACAGUGGUGCACAAGCACUUAAGAGUUGUUGUAUCAAGUAUAUGAAGUGCCAGCCAACAGGAAGUCACACAAAGAAGAGUUUGGUUGCUUGCAAUGAUAGUUAGAAGUGUAAAGAGGUCUAAAUUUUGUCUACAUUUUACCAGAAGAUGAAAAAGUCAAAUUUAAUUUAUCUUCAGUUGUUUCUUAUAUGGCUGGAACACAAACUCCAUGGCCAAGCACAUCACCAAUGUGCUUCAAAUGAAACCAAAAUGUAGUCCCUUUAACUACCUUUAGGUUGGAAAUAUGGGCAACUCUGGCUGCUGCAGUGGUACAGUCACCUUCCUCAUUUAAAGCAGCUGUGGUCGCAAGUCCUAUUAGUAAAAGAAAUGUGUUCUGAUGAUGAAAUCUGUGCUGGAAAUGACAGGAUGAAAGCAAGUCAACUAACUGAACAAGUAGACAAAAAGUUACAUUAUGAUGUGUUCAAGGUGAGGUUGGUAAAAUGAGGAUUGGACCAAGGUAAACAUUUUAAAAGUAACGCUAGCUCUGCUUAAAAAGUGUUGUUGUCUUGUUUUCUUUUAGCUCGUAAAGAAGUAUUUAUAAUGGACUCAGAUUUUCUAAGAGUCUUGAGGAUGGUAUCAAUCGAGCUUUUAAAUUGAGCUUUGUUUCUUUUGCUUGUAACAUCAUUGACCAUUGUUAGCAUGCUAAGUUAUAGAUUUAAUUAAAGACACGAUGGAUAAUAGAACUGCCAAACAAAGGCAUAUCAACAUUAUCACGGAGGACAUCAGCAUGUUUCACUAGUCAAUUGCUCAUUCUUAUGUUCCUGCAUUGUGCCUGUAUCCUCACAUCAUUUAGUGUUGAGUUUGGUGUACAACUUCAUUUCAUUUUCUAACUUUAUUAAUGGUGAUUACAUGAAAUGGUAGUCAUCUUUAUCUUUCCUUAUGACUAUGUCCUUUUGUUUAAGCUGACUGAAGUUCAAACUAAAGGUACUUUAGACCUAUUUUGAUGAGCAACAAAACUUAAUGCAAUAACACAGCUGCUUGAUUUGGCUCAGGGAUGUAUUCAUAACCCUUCGCAAGGGCAGAAGUAAGAGUUAAUGGAUAGAUUGUGAAUGUAAAAGCAGUUUAAAAUAGUUUUUCGGCGCAGAAAUUGAACUGAUAUCGGCUUAAUAUUUAUAUGAAAUGACACAUCGAUGUUGAACAAAUCAGUAUGCUAUAAAAGUGACUCGUGUAACUUUAAAUAUAACUUGUAUAGUGAUCAGAAACUGGUUUCCAUUGACUGCUGAAAAGGUGUACUCAUAUAAUCAUUUUGUUAUAUAUCCUUGUGAGUAUGCCUGAUUGAAACAUAUUGAGAAGGAUUGCUGAGCAAAUUAAUCAAGUAUAUGUUCCUGAAGUCAUCACAGAGAGCCUACAGAUGAGAGCUGCAGAUUUAUUGUGUUAAAUCAAAUCACUCUUGAUAAUAAAAAUACUGUGGAGCUGUUGUAGAUCGCCUCUAGUGAAUAUUGAUAGGGGAGUGUUGGAGGGGAUUUCAACCAUAUGGAUUUGUCUACUAAAGCAUGCAUAUUUUUAUAUACUGCUCUCUUAAGCACACAUAUAUGUAAUCAAUAUUUUAUAUGAGAUCUUUAGAUGAGUUUAAGCUGAGGUGAUAGUGUUGUGCUUUAUAUAACUCUAGCCUGCACCAGUUUUUGCUUUGAACACAUUUUUCAGCACAGUUCUUGUUUAAUUCAGCUUCUUUUUGGGUUAUGUCUUCAGGUCACAUCUGUGGUUUUCAAUCUCUCUGGAAUUUUUUUAUUCAGCCAGAGUAGGAAUUUCUCUUACCUGGGUUACUCAAGGUUUUCUGUGCCUUUUUAGGAAGGAAUAAAAAAUCUCCUAUCCCAGCUCAGGUUGGUUUAAAUUAAUGAUAAAGGUGAGUGAACAACCAGAAGGUUUGGCACAAGAGAGACAUUUCUAUGGUCGGUGUUUCCAUUUCUUUUAGUCUCGUUCCCAGGCUCUCAUGUGAGAGCCAAGGUGAGGGUAGAUGUUGAAGCGAAGCAGAACAGAUUCAUUUUAUGGUGCUGUGAAUCCUGGGAUUUAGAAGACUUGCAGCAUAUAUUACCCUUCUUUUUCUACUUACCCCUUUUUUUCUGUAUUCGUGCAUUAAGGGCACGCUCAUUCCAUGCAGAUUUCUAUCCCUACUCACAAAAACGAAAAGCAGAGUUGAUCAGGGUUUCAUUCUACUUGUUUGUGCACAAAUACAAACAAUAACCUCGAGGGUCAAACCGCAUGCCUCUGAACUUAUCUCUGCAUCAUGCACGGAUGGGAUGGUUUGCUUCUGCACUCUUGGCUCAAGUGAUGCAGCAUAAUUAAAUUCACCAGCACCAUUUAUGACAAGCAGGUGCAGGAGGUUGGAGUCAUCCCGUUGAUGCCAGUUUUACAUUGAACAGCCAGAAAAUAAAAGAACUGGAAUGAAUGAUGUUACUUCUGGUCUGAUAAACCAAAGAGGUUUCUCCAAGAGUUUUUGAUACUAAAUCCACUUUGAUACAAAGGUCAGAUUACACAAUAUGCUAAUUAAGCAAGUAUACAUACCCUAGCAUGCAGUACCACUACUGCACAAUGAAUUCUGUUUUAAGAACCCUAAUAUUUUAUUAACUCUAUUAAGACAGUAAUGACUCUGCUUUGCGUGAUUUUUUUCUGUUCUUAUGAGUGGUGAGGUCAAAUAAAAAGUAAAUAAUAUUGAAAAUAAAGCAAAGUUUUGUCAUGACUUACUGACACAUGAUAGCAUAGUAUUGAAUUGGGUUUCUGCUGUUUAGUCCCACUCUAUGUUAACAGCCUUGACAUAAAACAUGAGAAUACCACAAUAUGAAAUACGAUGCAUUUUAUUCCAACAUCUUCUGGACACUUAGUUAAACUGAGUUUUUUACAUUCAGUCUUUUUAGGGUUUCAUGAAGAAAAAAUGUGAUAUUGUGUACUUAGAGAUAAAAUCUGACCCAUUUUGUCACGGGGUAAAUAUGAGACAACAGUUCAGUUCAUGCUCUGUCACCAUGACUUUGCAGAAGUUAUUAAAAAAAUCAAACCAGAAAAUCAAAUCAUGUGAGCCAACUGGGAAAAGAUGGAAGAUAUAAAGAUUAUGAUUAUGAGACAGAGGUUUUGAUGCCAUAUCUAGAAGUAGUAACAAGACUCAUCUUCAUUCUUGCUAAAUGUUUGCCUCAGGAUAAAAAGGGAAAAAAAUCAUGUGUCCUCUUUGGCUUUAAUACUGUCUGAUCUGUCUGAAAAAAUCAUCUCUGGCUUCUGUAAAAAUUGACACCACUGAGGUACUCAGAUAAACGUGAAGUCCCUCUGUUGGUCAAAGAGCCACACUGCAACACACACCUCAUCAAACCAUAGAGCUGAAUUCCUCCCUUUAUUCUAAAACCAUUUUCUCUUUUCUCUCCUCAGCUGUGCAGGAAACAUAAACUUGAUCUGAGUUAUAACUUUAUAUUUGAUAGAAGCACUUAAAGUGACAGAGUAUUUCACAUUUUUUCUGUUCUCACAUCUGCUCUCUCAUUUCUUGGCUGUAUACUGUGUAUGCACUCUAGCUGCCAGGAGGUGACAGAUAUGCAGUGGCCUGUGCUGUGACCUGUGCACCCAGCAUGCCUUGCAGCAUAGAACUGUAGGAUGACUCUGUUUGAGUGAAUGUGACUUGCGCAGUGGGGUGGAGAGGGGAACAGGUGCCGACACUGUCAGCUUGUUAACACUGGAAAGAGAAUUGGCUCCUCCAACAGAGUGUGGCACAUAUGCAACACAUAGCCUUUGGCAGUGGGACGUAUGUGCAGACAUUCAUACAGGUAAAGUGAGAAAAGACAGUGUGCGGACAUGUGUGUGUGUAAUUCUGGGUUAUUAUUAAAUGCUUUUUUAAUGAAAAAUAGCCUCAUCAAGUCAUCCUCUGAACAUUUAAUAAUGUCAGCACCCUGGGUGUAGUAUUUCUGCAGGGAGAGGCUGUUCGAUGUGCAAAACACAGAACCCUCAAUUUGUUGUUCUUUAUAAGUUUGGACAUAAAUUUUGUUUUGAGAACAUUGUUACCGCAUUAUUUUUUUAUGCUCCAUUUUCUGCAAAAGCUUGAGGGGAUGUGAAACCCCCCCAGUGUUAUGUGCAAAGAGUUCUCUCAAAGAUCACAAAUUAGGCCCCUAGAUGACCCAUUUCCAGAAGAACUAAAUUGACACAAUGAAUUAUUCCUCCCUGUCUUGUGGUCUCUGUAACAAGACAGGGACUGGGAACAGAGGAUAAAUUAAGACACUCAUUUCUUGCUUCUUUCUUUUAUUCCAUCAAAACCAUUUAGGCAGAUUUUUCCCGUUUGCCCAAUUUCUUCUGUGAUUUCUUACCCCUUUAUUUUGAGGACUUGGGGAAAAGAGGACAGGGAUGUGAUUUUGAAGAAACUGGCUGCUACAUUUUAGAGAUAAUAAGACUCGAGAAUAAUGUGUCAAAUGUGUCUAUUUAACUCUGCUUUAUUUAAGGGAGAUGACAUAUCCUUUCUCCUGUUCGGAUAGACACUUGAGGAGCUCUGCCCCAAAUAAAUCACUAAUAGCUGCCAGCAAUAAAGUAAGAAGGAACAGUGAGAAUGUGGUUUGAACUAAAAUGAUGGUUCACUGCAGGGGGAGGGAAAAAGAGAGAGAGAGACAGAGUGAUGGAGGGAAAAAAGGGGAGAUGCUGCAGUAAAAGGAAAACAACACCAUCUGGCCUUGUUCAGAAAGCCAACAGUAUAACCUAAAUACAUAUGCUUGUUUUCACACAACACUCUAAGCCUGUUAAUCAAUUUUACUAUACCCCCCAAAUAAACACACACCCACACAUUUAUGGCUAUACACUGUAUUCACACAGCAGCCAUCUUUUUGCUUAGAUCUUACUCAGGGUGGGAGGCUUGAAUGCUGUUAUAAUGUCAUAAUGCUAAAGUCGAAGUAAUGGGUCAUAAAAUGUUGUAAAUCAGACAAAGUAUUAAUAUUUCCUUGUUUCCAGAUUAAGGUGAAGAAGACAGACAGCAAUAUAGAGACAAAAUUAGUUUUUUAUCAACCCUCCUUCUGUGUUAGGGUCUGCACCGACCUGUUUUUCUUUUUAAAUGCCUAAAAAAAACACAUAAAUGAACUUUUUUGCAUCAGGACUUUUAGACUUUGUCAGGAACCUCUAUUUCAACAAAAUAAAAAUACAAAAUUAAAUUGACUAAAUUAUAAAAUGCCCUUAUUAAAAUUAUGGCACUUUUCGUGUUAGGGUUGCUGUUGACCUGGUUAGAUUAAUAUCUAAUAAUCAGAGCAAAAACUGAAAUCAUAUGUGCACUGUCACGCUCCACACUGACAGAAAGAUCCUCUUCCAAUCAUGUCAGAUUUAGGAAAUUCUCAUUUUGCCGUGUUUUUCCCUGCACAAAAAACGUCGGUCAUGACCAGACAUGUGAGACCAAUUCAGUAUAGAUGUCUGUAUGAGGGGUAAACUGACAAAGAAAAAAAUAUUACAAACAAUAUUUUCAUGGAUAAUGAAGCCUAACAAGGUAACCAAGAGAUGAGAACCAAAUUAGAUGAUAGAGAACUGUUUUUAAGUAUAAUUUACAGCUGAUUUAAGACAUGGGUCAAAACCGACCCUUAACAUAGUGGGUGCGUAGUAAAAGCUAAUACAGGAGAAAGGUUUAUCCAUUUUAUCAGUGUGUGAUACAGAUUAUGAGCCAAAUGCUGAACAUGUGUACCAAUACACGUCCAAGGCCAAUAAUCUGUUGUUUUCAACAUUUAAGCACAACAUUUUAAUGGCAUUUAAUGAUCAUUCUGACCUGAGCUUAACAUCUAAAUACAACUAUCCACCGUGUGAAUACGGUUGAUUGGAAUAUGUUAGAAACCGGGCAGACAGUUCGAGCUUCCAGGCCGGACAGACCUGCACAUCAAAGACUAUACAGCAAAAUGAGAUGGCUUCUAACAAAAACAGCGUUGAGCUUAACUCCACUGCCAAAUGUCCACAGGGGAUGUGGUUACUGUCACCUGUGGCUUAAAGCCUCCUCUGUCGUUUGAUGUCUGAAUAUCAGGUUAUUUGAUAUGCUGCUGCUCUUUUAAGUCAGCCUGACAGGACAAGAGUGCAAGCAGAUUUCCCAGAAGGACUGUAACUGCUCAGCAGAGAGACAGACAUGGCUCUCAAGUCUCAUCAAAGCUGAGCUCUCCUCUCUGCCAUCUGUAUGCCUCACCAGGCUGCGCUUGUGUUUCAUGUUGCUUUAGCUCCCUCUAGUGAACAUGUGAGCAAUCACAGGGUGAAAUCUGUUUUUUUUUUUUUUUUUCCUUGACUGCUUUUAUUCUUUCAUCCGCAGUGACAAUGGUGUUAUUUCUGGUUGGGAUCUCCAUCGCUGUGAAUAAUUCAUCCCAUGAGAACCAAACUGCAGGUAGGUGUUGCAGUGAGAGGGGAGUACUCACAGUGCACACAUGGCAAAGAUAAGGUAGUGAAGUAUAGCUGUAUAACCUUUGAAAUUCCACACUUAAAUUCACAUAGUGUACAAUUUAGUGAUGGGGUUUGUUAUUCAUAUUUGUAACAUAUUUCUUCCAUUGUCCUUACUUUAGAUGACGUGAAAAACGAACAAACUUUAGACUAAUAAAUCCGUUAAAAUAUGUCUUUAUCCACAAUCAUUCAAUGAAAGCUACACUGCGUUGCCUUUACUAGUUUAAAAUUUUGGAAAACUUGAAUAUUUACUUUCAGCCUGGAGUUAUAUUUUUUAUAUGUUUAGCACUGCAACAGAUUCAGGUGUUUGGGGGAAGGUUAGCAGCAUUAGCAGGAGUUUUAGGUAAGCAGUAAAGCAAGGAAAAUAGUUUGUUUUUUUUACUCUGUUACCUAAUUAUAGCUCUCUAUAUAUUCAGUUUAUUAUAUAAUGACAGCUGUCUAAGGCAAUAUACACAAAUGACAAGCUGGGAGAAUAACACACACCUACUUGUUACCAAGGACAACUCUUACACAAUGUGUGAAGACUCCUUCUCAUUUAGUCACACUCUUAGCUUCAGCUCAGAGCCCAACAAAGGAAGGCACCAUCUUGUGGCUUUAUACAAGAAUGCAGUAAUGAUGCAUGGAUGGUAAUAGAUAUGCAGUAUAUCAGAGUGCGAUAGCAAAAGAGUUGAAAACAGCGAGCCUGAACCACUCCAAAGGUAAAAUAAAAGCUUCGCUAACACUUUAUGUGACGCCUAUCUCUAUAACACAUUAUAAAUACAUGUAUAAUGUGUUAUAAUCACGUUAAAGCACUGUAUAACUAUAUUUAUAAACACUCAUAAAUGAUCAUAAUGCUUUAUAACAAUAAUCACAACACAUUAUAAAGCAUUUUGUCAUGAAUUACAGUGUCAGUGUCAGUUUUUAUUGUUAUAAAUCCUUAUGAUAAUGAAUGAGUGUUUAUAAUGAUAGUUAUACAAGUUUAUAAGCAAAUUAUAACAUAUGAUAAAUAUAUGUUUAAUGCAUUAUCUAUGUAGGCAUUGUCAGUGAGUUAUAACACAUUAUAAUACCUGACCUUUUCAGUCAUGAUGAAAUGUUUUAUCAUGGGUUAUGAUUAUUGCUAUAAAGCAUUAUGAUCAUUUAUGAGUGUUUAUAACUAUAGUUAUACAGUGCUAUAAUGUGAUUAUAACGCAUUAGACAUAUCUUUAUAAUGCGUUAUAGAGAUAGUCGUCAAAUAAAGUGUUAAAGCUUCAAACCAGCUUCAAUUUUGAAGAAUAUUUAGUUAAGAUGUAAAAUAAAUGCUUUGACUUUUCAACUGUGGAGAUAGUGUGGAUCGCCUGCCAAAAUCUUGACGCCAAGCUGAUCUAACCAGCUUUUUGAGUUAAGCUGUGUAUUAAAUGAAAUAGAAAUAAUUUGAUUGAUGUGUUUUCGCUCCAGAAAACCCCACCCAUCAGGGUGCUCAUGUCCUGCCCUCAACACUGGUCAUAUCCCUGCUGCUUAUCAUCGUGGUCCUGCUGACGAUCUACUGUCUGAGGUGAAUUAACCUGCACACUCAUUCACUGCUUACUGAAUCAGGCUGUCCGAGAGUGAGUCUGUCCUUACUCUCCUCUCACUCUCUCCCUCUGUCUUUCUUCCUUUUAGCACAUGUGUGAGCACAGGAGUGAAUGUGUGUCAGGUCAGGGCAUGGUUGGUGGGGAUGGUUUAGAAACAGGCAGUGGGCUGAGGCUUAUGGGUAAACAGCUGCACCUCAACUGAGGCUGCAAACAAAAACAGCCAGGUCAGGUCAGGCCACAGAUACUCAUUCUCUGACCGGCAGCUUUUUCUGGACAACGACAUGAGGAAGAACAGCUUUGCCUCUCUCAGAUGGUUGAUAUUGGUUUUGGUAUUUGUUGUUUGCCUAUCUUAUGUGUUUGACAGCUUUAUUCUAGAGAUCGGGGUCAACUCAUUUUCCCUUUUUCAGCGCAGAUAUCUGCCCUUUUUCCCUUUCUGACGAUUUUCCCCCUCUCUUCUUGUCUUCCUGUCUUAACCAUAGGUUUAAAAACCACAGGAAAGCUCUGGUUACCUCUGUGGAUAAAAAGAUUCCAAAUGGCUUCUUGGAGGAACAAGGUACUGUUGUGCUCCACUCAAUAUAACCACCAGUGCAUGAAAAUAUAAAGCAGCCUUUCAAUUUUAUGUCUUUUUUUUAUUUUAAUUGUAGAUUUACAGUCUUAAAAGACUUGGAAAAUUUCAUGAUGUGAAGUCCAAGGUAGCUGGAAAAGAUUUUGGAAGGCCCUUAGCUUUUCAAGCACGUAGGGAGCCAUAUAAACUUUCACUUCGAGUAAAAAAUAAAUAAAUAAACGGAAAAGGCCAAAUUCUGAGUUAAGACAGUUUCAUGCAGCAGCAGGAACACAAUGUUUACGACUCAAGAAAUCAUUUUUGUCAUGCGCCCACAGAAGUAGGAAAUCUUAAUGGCCAUGAGGCUUGUUUUUGCAGGUGCAAUGAGAGCUUGUAAUGUUCUCUAUGGGGAAACGUUAGCAGUCUGACCGCAAUAUAUUCCUUCAAACACAGGAGAGCAGACAGUAGUCCUCCUCCCUAGAUCUCCCUCGCCGUCCAAGAGGUACUUCCCCAUCCCCCUGGACUCGCUGGAGGAGGAGUACCGGAUACGCUCUGCAGACGAUGGCAAGCUCUUCAGAGAGGAGUUCAAUGUAAGCAUAAGAAUGUGGGGUGCUGAUUCUCUUGUAUAUUCCGUAUCUGACAAGGAUCUUUGUCCUGCAAGCAAGAGAACAAGCACAAAAAAUAGCAAUAAAAUGUUAUGUUUGUAGGCUGUGUACCUGGAGCUUUAUUUUUAUCUCAUGAGGAUUGGGUUCUUUCUUUAUAGUCGCUGCCGUGUUACUACCACCAUGGGUCCUUUGAGGAGGCGAGCAGAGAGCACAACAGAGAGAAAAACAGAUACCCAAACAUUUUACCAUGUGAGUGAGAAUCUGUAGUCUGCAACUGGCAAUUUUAAUUCCACUUCUCACAUGGUUAGCCUGCUGUUUUAUUGAUUCAUUAAAUUUUAAGGUGAGGUGAACUGACUGAAAUAAAAAAUUAGAUCCUUGUUAAUUUACACGCCGUGUCGUUUUUAUGUCUUUUCCCGCAGAUGAUCAUACAAGAGUGGUGUUGAGUCAUCUUGAUGGACAUCUGUGUUCAGACUACAUAAAUGCAUCAUACAUAGAUGUGAGUCUUAUUUAUAUUCAUGCAUUUAGCGCUGGUGUUCAAAAUCAAAGUGUCAUGAGUGCUUUGUGUUUUUUUGCGCAGGGUUAUAAAGAAAAACACAAAUUUAUUGCGGCUCAAGGUAAAUGGAAUUUCCUCUCCUCUGUGAAGUAUUUAAAGUAGUUUCACAUGUUGCUGAGUUUAUGACUAUUUAUGCUAUUUUUUUAAACUUUUAACUCUAUUUUCAUCUUCAGGCCCAAAACUUGAGACACUUGCUGACUUCUGGCGGAUGGUUUGGGAACAGAAAACAGCGACUAUAGUGAUGCUGACGAAUCUAAAAGAAAGGAAGGAGGUUCGUCUCAGAUCAGAUCACGCUCCGUCUGCAUUUGCAUUCCUCUAAUUAGCAACAGGGUGAACUUUUACACAAUCCAUGCAGCUCCAAUGCUCCAUUAGUAAAAUCCUUUUGUAUUCUCGUGACCCAAAGUCAUAGGCAUAAUUUAUUUGACCCCCUUACCCAACUGAGAAUCUAUACAAAGUGUCACCCAGCAGAUUGGUUAGCGUUGCAUUAAAUUUAGCCUCAAAGGGAUGAUCAAUUGAGAGCUCAACAGCAGGUUUGAUAGGGCAGAAUAGAGGCAUUGGGGAUCAAUGACAGAAUAAUUGUUGAUAAGAUCCUGAGAGGCUUCUUGAUAAUUAGUCUGAGAAUCUCAUUAAUGAGUCGAAACGUCACACUGAGGAUCUUAUUGACUGGCGGAGUCGCACAAAGUCUCUGUGAUUGCCUUUGAAUUAGAUUGUGAAAUACGCACAUCAAAUACAAGUUUGGAUACGUACUCAUACAAUACACACAAUAGAUACAAGUCUACGCGUAUUUUCUGUUUAAUAGACACAAUUCUGGCUUUUGUUUCCUGACAAGUAACCACUCUAUUGUUGUGUUUGUCUUCUCAGGAUAAGUGUUUCCAGUACUGGCCAGAAAAAGGCUGCUGGAUGUACGGAAAUAUACGGGUGGUGAUGGAGGACUUCACCGUCCUGGUUGAUUACACCAUUAGAAAAUUUUGUGUUCAAUAUGUAAGUAAAAAAUCCCAAACUGGAAAUGAUCUAAAACAGAUGCAUUUUAGUGUUUUUAAACACGCACCUCUCUCUUAUUUGGCUCAGCAUGAAGCUUUAUUUGUACAUACACAUGGACUGAAUUUACAAUUAAAUUAAAUUAAAUGGAAACAUUUAAACUAAGCAUCGGAUGAAUUUUGCAUUAAUUUAGACAUAUACAUGUGCAAUAAUGGCAUUUCAUUUCAAUAAUGUUCUUAAUGUAGUUCUUUAUUGCUAAAUAAAAUUAUAAUCAUAAUAGCUAAAUUCUUAUUAAAAAUUAAUAAGUAAGAAAGCUGCAUUCAGAUAAUGUAAAAACGGAAUGUUUCCCAUGAGGAAAGUGGAACGUAUUAGUAAACUGUGAGCAGAUAGAAAAUAUCAUCAAUUAAAAAAACAACAACAAUAUGAAAACACAUUAAAGGAUAUUAAAGGAUGUAUGUAAUAAACACAGCAGGAUAGUAUGUAGGUGUAUUUAAUAUACAGUGUUUGAAUGUUUCUCGUCUUUAAAGCUUAUCUUUAGAGCUUCUUACACACUGAGUUUCUGUGUUUCUUUCUCUGUGUCUUUGACUGUUGAGGCGGGUUCCUUCACAGUGCACUGCCGAGCCUUCAGAUUACAAAAAAUUCACUUUGUUCCCUCUUCAUUUGAAGCAAGAGCAGUGCAGAUAUCCUCUCUGACUCUGAAAUGCUGCGACUGAGCCACAGCAGUGCAGCACAAGCCGACAGACCGGGUGCUUUAACAUUCAGCUCUCUGAACACAGACGAACCGAGUGUUCAACAGAGUGAAAGUAUGAUCUCCUGAGAGCAGAGCAUUCAUGAGACAUGAGAGCGUGGCAGAGGGAAACCAGUACACAUGUUUAAUAACGAUAUUCUGUCACAGAUAGCAAACUGGAAAAGAAACACAAAUUGUUCUGUUAAUUUGAGGUUAUUCUCCUGUAGGUAACAGUUUUGCCUUUACCACACAAACGUAGACAAACUUCAGUCAACUCCAUGAAUAAACUCUUUGUGGUUGUGUUUUACAGCAGGGCAGUGAUGGUCCCCGAGCUCCCAGGCUGGUCACCCAGCUCCACUUCACCAGCUGGCCAGACUUCGGGGUGCCGUUCUCACCCAUCGGCAUGCUGAAAUUCCUCAAGAAGGUCAAGGCUGUCAAUCCAUCCUACGCUGGACCUAUUGUGGUGCACUGCAGGUAGAAAUAUGCCGCAUGACAGGAGCCAAGUGAGGGCAUCUAAGAAAAGAUGUUAAAAUCUAGUGAGGGGUUAUUGAAAUUGAUUAAAAUACUACUCAACAAUAAAAAAAUAAAAUGUGUGGAAAAUGCGCUUUUCUCUAAACUUAUCCACAAAAAUACAUCCUGGUUUUCUUUUGUUUAGCAUUUAAUUGAAUGUUAAAUGUUGUAAGAGACAAAAACAACAAAAUAUGAAAAAAAAAUCUGUGCAAGGGUGCGGACUAGGCCUCAAACUGUCUUGAAAUAAAGUGACAAACUCUCAUUUUCAUCCUGGGAAAUUCACCAGAAAGUAGAUUUUUUUGUCGUCCCCUUAAAUCCCAUACAAAAGUUAAAUUUUUGCAAAACCAAGUGAUCUUAAACAAUAUUUACAUAUUCUAUAAGCGUUGAAGAUUAAGUUUGCUCUUCUUAUACAUAAUCACACACCUUAACAUGAUGAGGAAUAUAUAUUUUUUCAGACAUGACCAAAACUCUUCACAGUGGUUGUUGCCCGCCUGCUCACUCACUUUUAUCCUCAUUUGAUUUGACUUGCUUAAAAGGUCAAAAGUGAAUCGCUUUUGCAGAUUCCUCAAAAAUGAUGUUAAAUACACUAAAACGAGAGCCUUUUAAGAGGGUAAAAUGUGGUAUGUGUGUAUGUUAUUCUGGCCCGCUGGUAUUUAUCCUGACUAAAGUAAUCUGUAGCCGAUUGUAGCAACUGCAGCAACAGGUGCUCAGGGAGAGGGACUGUUGUUCUUGAAAGGGGCCCAUUGAAGAGGCUUCAACACCCCGCUGUGGAAUCCUUGCUCUGCGCUCCCUGAGGUGCCGUCCGUUGAAAUGACCCCUGUAAAUCUAUUAGGAAUGGGUCUGAGCGCUUUUACACAUGCUUUGGGCUGUCCACAAGUGAUGUCUAUGUUAAGAACACAGGGGCGGUAUAGAAAUACACGACAAAAAAAUGAUACCUGGUAUUCUGGACUUGAGUUUUAAAAAAAAAACGAAGGUGCUUUUCUGUUACUUUUUAAAGUUUUUAUGUCCAGAGUUUUUAUUCACUUUCGUAGCUGAACGUGACUUUUAGUUCCAGAGAAAGACCUCGUGUCAUGUUGUUUGUGUUACCACAGUGCCGGGGUUGGGAGGACCGGCACGUUCAUUGUCAUUGACAGCAUGAUCGACAUGAUGCACAUGGAACAGAGGGUGGAUGUCUUCGGCUUUGUGAGCAGAAUACGAGAGCAGCGCUGUCAACUCAUCCAGACAGAUGUAAGUGUUGACCCUCUCCGACCUGUUGUUCUUUGGACUGACAGCUCCACUCGCUGCUCUGGUCGCGGCAUAAACAAGCGAGGACAUGGAAAAACAAGCAUGUCUGUGAUGCAAAAAUACAAGGAAAUAGUUUGGCAAACUCCUUCUACCUUUUUCUCCUACUUGACUUCAUGUGUCUCUCUCCUUCCUCAGAUGCAGUACUCCUUCAUCUACCAGGCUCUGCUGGAGUACUAUCUGUAUGGAGACACAGAGCUAGAUGUGUGCUCUCUGGAGGGCCAUCUGCAGAGGCUUCACAACACCAGGGCUCCCCACGACAGGCUGGGCCUGGAGGAGGAGUUCAGGGUAGGAAGAAAGAGGCACACUCUUGAACAUUUUCAGUCUGUAAUGAAUCGUCCCCAUCACCCCGCACCCUGCACGGGUGUAUUUUCAUGGAGAACUUGCCCAGGGUGCCACUCCUGGCGAUAACAACAUAAAUAACAAUGCUUUGUAUCCACUAAAAUGUUAUAAGGCACCACCAUCUGCUGCACAGGAUUUUGGUAGCUGGCUGAAAAUUUGCUGCAAGAAAGUACCUCACAGUUCAUACACACAGAAUCAAAUAACUCCCCUCUCUUCUUCUCCUUCUUCUUCUUCUUAUCAUCUUUUCCUAAUAAGAACUGUUUUUUGUUCUUUUACUUGUUGAAUCUUUUAGGGUAUUAUCCGUCCUCCAGUUUUUUUAGCUUCAAAAACACACUCAACUUCAGAAGCCCUGUACUGAUCAAAACUAAGUUUCUGAUCAAUCAGUUCACUUGUGUUUUCCCCCUUCCAUCAGAAGCUGACCAACGUGCGCAUAAUGAAGGAGAACAUGAGAACUGGGAACCUUCCUGCCAACAUGAAGAAGAACCGUGUGCUUCAGAUCAUUCCAUGUAAGGACCGCGCUUAUACUCUGAUCACUUUCAUAAUACAUCACUUCCGAGAAACAUCAAAGUAACGCACGAGUGGUGGUUUUAAAGAUGCCGUACACAGAUAUCUGUCUAAUGGGGGCGUUGUGUGAUCAGUGACAUUUAAAUCAGGCCUGUUUUUGGCUUCAAGUUUGGACCAGAGUGGGAAAGAAAAAAAAAAAACAAGGGUUGAACUUUUUAUGGUGUAAACCGAUAUUGGCUCUGGCGUGUUUGGCCUUAAUAACACAGCUAAAGUUUUACUUAGCUGUUUUUCUUUCCAUCAGCCUCUUCAAACUUUUAUUUUAUUAGGAAUCACUUGUGGAAAGUUUCAUUUCCCUUUUUUCUUUUGCAGAUGAUUUCAACCGAGUAAUACUCUCAGUGAAAAGAGGACAGGAGUUCACCGACUACAUCAAUGCCUCCUUUAUUGAUGUAAGCACUCCCUCCUGACCCCCUGUAUAGAUUUCCCAUAAAAGUAUAUAUAAAGCUCAUUGUUUCCGUUACAAACAAUGCAAAAUAUUAUGUUUGCCGCACUCUCAAGUGUUGUUUACCGGAUGAUCUGCCCUCCAGGGCUACAGGCAGAAGGACUAUUUUAUCGCAACCCAGGGCCCCCUGUCUCACACAGUGGAGGACUUCUGGAGGAUGGUGUGGGAGUGGAGGUGUCAUUCAAUCGUUAUGCUCACCGAGCUCAAAGAGAGGGAGCAGGUACAGUAUGCUGCUCCUGCAAGAGUACAGGCUGAAAAGUAGAGUUGCACAAAAAAAAAAGAGGAAAAAAAAAUCUUUUUCAUGCGGUUAUUUCAUUGUCUUAUUUUUUUCUGACAGCCUGUGUAUGUAUUUAACGGUUUUGUAUUGUUUUUAUGGUUCACAGUGAAAAUGUAAGGGCAAAACUCGGACAUAAAUCAGUCAAAUGUAGCCUAAUUGCAUUUCCAUCUGACCUCUCUCCAACCAGGAGAAGUGUUACCAGUACUGGCCAUCAGAGGGCAGUGUUACAUUUGGGGAUUAUGGUGUGGAGCUGACUGGAGAUACACAGUGUGAAACCUUCACGCUCAAAGACAUGGUGCUCACCUACAGACCGGUGCGUUAAUCUUUCAUAUUUCAAAAAAAAUAAAUUAAAACUUUUUAAAUCACGACAUUUUUUUUCUGCUAAUUUUUCAGAAUAAAAAGGAAAAAAAAAAAGAAUUUAAUCUGAACUUUUAAUGUAUGAGAAUAACAGAGAAAGCCCUUCAUCUCACCAGGAAAAGCAGUCACAACACGUCCGACACUUCCACUUCCACGGAUGGCCUGAGAUCGGGAUACCAGCCGAAGGGAGAGGGAUGAUUGACAUUAUCGCCGCUGUGCAGAGGCAGCAGCAGCAAUCUGGAAACCGUCCAAUAAUUGUUCACUGCAGGUGGGGACCUUCAUUUUGACAAAUCUGAAGCACUAUUUGAGUUUUCAAAUAAAAAUUAUAGACAGCGUGUCAGAUAUAUCUUUGUCCACUGCUGCUUUUAAUACAACCUCUCCCGUUUUCACUCUAAUUUUAUUACCUGGCCGUUCAAAUCUCUCUGACUGAUAUUGGGGGGAAUUUCAAUUUUUCUUACGUCUGUUACAAUAAAUUUAACAUUUUGCCUCAGUAGACCUGGUGUUCUCUGCCUAAACCACUUAUGUGAUCCCUUAUAAAGACUUAGCAGUGAAAGCUUUGAUCAGAACCUAGCUUCAGGUGAAGUGAUUCUAAAGCAGCAUGCCCCUGUGGGAUUGAUCCAAUCCACUGAUUCACAGUCAAUUAAAACCUCUCAAAGUGAAAUCUCCUCUGACUCCCACUAUGAUUAAUCUGAUAAGAUGAGCUAACGACAGGAAAUGGUGUCAUCACUCUCUUCUAUUCCUUCAUCACCACUUGUCUAAGAAGGGCUUUUUAAAGCUUUUUCUCUGCCCAUGGGAAAUGGGGCUAACCCGAUGCAAUCCCAAAUGUCUCUCUACACUUCUCUUCCGAAUCGCACAUCACUCUCACACUCUCCCCGCUCUCUCUCUCUCUCUCUCCAUCCCACCAUCAUUGUAAACAUUGACUCAGUCAAACACUGAGCUUCCAAACUGAUUAGUGUUAGCGUUUGGAUUAGCCUCUCUUUAAGUGGGGAUGAUUAUUAGCACUAUUACACAAAGGUCACCUUUUCUCUCGCAAACUUCUUUCACUCAGAUGGAAUAAGGAAAUGCAGCUGAAAUAAGAGUUUCACUGCAGUGUUUUUCAGAGGAGGAAGUGAAAAUGUUAAAUCUCUCCUUCCACAUCUGAGCUAGGAUUUCAGAUGUUUCUGCAGCUCUUCAACAGAUCUCACAUUUUUCAUGCAGUGCGUGUGUUAUGUGAUGUGGUUGCUGAUGGUUUUCUUGUUUUUUGUUUCAGUGCUGGUGCAGGUCGGACUGGCACCUUCAUCGCCCUCAGUAAUAUUCUGGAGAGGGUGAAAGCUGAAGGCCUCCUGGACGUUUUUCAGACAGUCAAGAGUUUACGCAUGCAGAGACCACACAUGGUUCAGACUGUGGUAGGUGGAAAAGGAGAUGAUAUCAAAGCUGCUGUGCACAAACUGUUCCCAUUUGUGCUUUUCUGAAACCAUUUCUGCACAUUUUCACUCACUAACACUUUUUCCUUUUUUAUUUUUUUGCUUUUUCCUUCCAGGAGCAAUACGACUUCUGCUACAGAGUGGUACAGGAUUUCGUCGACAUCUUCUCAGACUACGCCAAUUUUAAAUAAUAGAGGCUGUUGUGUUUACGUAUGUCGAAUCAACUUAUGCAUUUUUGUCUGAAUGUUAUUUUUUAAAGCAAGCCCUUUUUACAUUUUGCACUUGAUAACAGAUUUAAAAUAUUGUAACAUAUUGUAAUAUAACAGAGACCAUCUGAGCUUCAGGAGAGUCCGUCUCUAUCAGGAAGGUUUGAUCUUUAAGUUUGUAAAAUAUACCCACCAUGACGGCUGAGUUAAAAUAAAGUUUCAUGUUGCACAUUUACAACAUUAUGAGGGUCAACAAAGUGUUUAAAAGGGAAUUUAAAACUGUAAUCCAACUAAAUCUAUAAAACGGAUGUGUAUAUAUUGUAGUACAUAUUGCUUACUACCUGACAUUCAUCACUGAUGUGUCGUAGAGUGAGUGCAUCUCUUUUGUUUUUGCUUGGAUUUGUUACAGACCACACUGCCUUUGGUCUCGGUCUUGUAUUUUAUGCUGCCCACUUAACAUGUUUGAUUGCUAUGAGGAGAAUAAUUGUGUGUUUUAUAACUAGGGUAAUAUGAUUAAUGCUUAAUGUGCUGUCUGACAUGUGUGAAUAAUAUUUAUGAUCUACUUUUGGCUCCGACAAAAACACAAAACUCCAGAUUCAUUUCAUUCUGCAAUAUACUGCAAAUGACUUCACUUCUGUCUGUGAAUAACUUAACAGCUGCUGCCUGUUGCAAUUUCAUUCAACUUCAACAACUUUCUUCUGUUGCCUGUGGCAAUAUUACUGAGUAGAUUGGCGCCUGACGCUGCAAAAUGCAAUUAGCCCACAUUGGAACAGGCAGAAAAUAAUGUCGAAGUACAUGAAUCCAAAUGUCUCAUUCUUACGAACGUUUCACAGCCAAGCUUCACCCUACUUGAAAGAAAUCACAUUUUUAUUCACAUUAACUUAACACUUGCAUGUUUGCAUAAAUCAGUGCCAUAAUGAUUGGAAGGACACUUCUAAUCAUGACAGACUUGUCACCAAGUGACACAAUUUUAAUACAGAUAUACCAGAUAUUUAUGUUUAACCUAUAAUAUAAUAUACACAUUUUUAAAAGUGUAUCCUUUGCCCUGUAUGGAGCAUCUUUGUACAAACACUUCUCAGAAUAAUAUAAGGAUAAGAAAUGUACAAUAAUACUAGUUAAAACAAGUGCGUAAGAUGCAGUGGAGAAAAUCAAAAAUACAUAAAUCAUUGUUUCGAUGAAAGUGUCGCAGUCGAACCUUGUUCAUCCUGAGGAGCUAAGAUUGUCUGGAGCUGUGAUUUAAUAUCAAGAGCCAGUAUUCAGCCAAAAUAUGAAAUAUGCAUGUAAUGGCAUUUUCACAUAUUUUGACUAUAGUCUUAGUUUCAUAUUUAAACAAGGGGAACCCAACAUUGCUGCAAAAUCAAAAGCAUAUAUUUUUGCAAGGCUUCUGCAUACUUCUUUUUAGAAGAGUAAGUUUGGGAGAAAAACUUUCUACUCUGUUUGUACUUCCACUGUUACAAAGUCAUCGGGUUGGUUUCUACAUGACACGCUGCUUGUUUUGUUGAACAUUGUACAUACAUUCCUGUGCUCACUCAGUUAAGUGCAUUGUUGACUUCAUUUUAAUGUGUUUUCAUGCUGAAAGAAUAAGACAUAAGGGUGGUGACAGUGCGGCCUUGCAGCUGAUGUAACAUACACGCACAAGCAUCUUGUUUCAAUGAUGUUUCUGCCUUUUCGAUCUGUACCAAUCUGAACUGCUGUUUGUUUGCUAAAAGCUGAUUUCAAUAAAUUAUGAAUAGAAAGAAAUGACAGGUUUCAUCA